AGGAAAAACGGCCCGCUUGUUUCGCUCGCGCAGCAUCAUUCCCGCGCAUCCGCCUCCCGUCGCCAUGGAGACGGGGUCCCGCCCGCGUCACCGGACUAUAAACUUCUUCUGCGCGCAGUUUCGGCUUGUUUUUGUUCGGUAAAGUUUCUCAAACGGACGCGGAUUUGUUCGUCGGAUCGCGGAGACAUCGGCGAUGUUUUGACUCGAGGGUUUCCGAGGAUGGUCAGGAAGAGCAGGAAGCGUGUCUCUCAGAUCUCGUCUUUCAAACACCUGUCUCUGGACCCGGCUCCUCCGGAAGCUGGUCUGCUCCGGACCGGUCCAGAAGAGAGUCCAGACCGGCUUUACCUGCACGCCGCCGCCGUCUUUCAGAGCGCUCACCUGGAGAAACCUCCCGCUCACAGGCUCAUCAGCUACGGGGAAAGGUCAGAGGUCAGGUUCCCUGCUGCUGAGGACGAGGCGUCUCGGCGGUCAGCGUUUCACCUCGCCUUCAACGCGCUCAGAUAUCAGGAGCUUCUGGAGGAUGUCUUGAUUGACAGCCGCUUCUGUCUCUCACAGCCAAUGCCGGAUCACAGCAUGAGUCUGGUGGCCGUCAUCCUCGCUGACUUAAUGGACAGGAAGUUCCUCCCACGCCUGCCAGCGGCCAAUCAGGAGGAGGAAGUGAAGGCUGUGCAGGAAGUGGAGGCGUGUCUUCUAAGGUUCAGGACCAAGCUGGUGGCGUCCGUGGCACGGUGUCAGAUCAAACACGAGCUGCUGACGCUGGAGAGUCUGGUGCCCGAGGACGUACGCCGCAGACAGGACAGAGCCUCGCUGCUGCCGCUGUACGGCUGGAUCAACUCGCUCCGCAGCAGUUUGGAGGAGGUCAGUGAAGUGUUACACACAUCAGGCUUUUCCUGUGUUAUGUCUGUCGGGCAGCUGGAAGGACGGACCUUCUGUAAGGACCCACACUGCCACGACCUGCUUGUGUUUCCCAGCAGUGUGAAGAACGAUCUGACCAACAGCAGAUUACUGAGAGACGGCAGACUCGUCAUACAGGAUAAGUCGUGCUGUGUGGGCCCCUGGGCUCUGAGGCCCCUGCUGGCGGCCGGUGGAGAUGUCCUGAUGAGCGGCUGUUUCUCUGCGCAGACAGUCGCACACGUGUCUGCAGUGUCUGCUCACACACAGACAGAAACACACAGCUCUGAGUCAGACGCUCGAGUGAUGGUGUGUUUGGGAGACGGAGCGCAGACACAGACAGAAGAACUGCAGAACACACUCAACAAACUGGGCUGCAAGAACGUGAAGCUGCUUCCAGACUCUCUGGAGUCUCUGGACGUCUCCGACACUCGUCUGCAGAAGAUCAGUGUGAUGUUUCUGAUGCCAGCGUGUUCCCUGUCCGCCGUCAGCAACCCUGUCGAUUACAUAAUGCAGGAGAACAGAGACCCACGGAUCAUGCUGGAUCUGUCCCAGGGUUCAGUCUCUGCAGAGAAACUCCAGACACUCGUGAGCCAGCAGAAGAAAGUCCUGCAGCGCGCCGUCCAGUUUCCUCAGGUGCGGGCGGUGCUUUACUCCACCUGUUCCAGUCACCCAGAGGAGAACGAGGAGCUGCUGAAGACAGUUCUUUCACAAACACAGCAGAAUCACUCCUCAGCGCCACUCUACAGGUUGAGUUCCCCGAGUCCCCUGCAGGACUCUACCGUUGAGGAUGAUGAUGAAUCUGUGGAGACGAAGGACAGAUUCUUCAGACUGGAAGCCUCAGAUCAUAGUAAUGGCUGUUUCUUAGCGCUGCUCACUCGAGAGCCUGAACCGGAAGUGAAAGAGACGCCACAGGAAGUGCUCGCUCGCGCCGUGGCCAAAGGCCUGUUAGAUGGCCUCCAGCCGAACCAGCCAAUCAAGAAAGAGGGCAGAGGUCGGCGGUCCCGCAGAGCGCCUGCCAAUCAAAAGCGCUGCGUGAAGACACGCCCACACGCCACACAGAGCGACCAAUCGCGUGUGGCGGAGUUUCUGAGCCGCGAGAUGAAAGGAAGCAGCUCGGAGCCGACACUGAGUCAGCUGAGGACAGCACACAACGAUAAACCCUCUAGUUCUCAGCGUCCUUCUCAGAGCGGUUUCUCCAGAACAGGCUCCGCCUCCAGCCCCGCCCCUUUCCCCAGCUCCUACUGUAAAAGUUUGACUCGUUUGGCCGCGGCUGUGGUUUCCACCAACGAUAAGCAGUCCUCGCCGCCUCCCGCUCCGCCCAAAGGCCGACAGGAAGUGCUUCGGCCGGCGACCGUCACAUUUCCUCCAGUUCUGUUGCCAAGUGACACUCUUCUUCCUCAGAGGUUCAGCCACGCCCUUCCCGCCCGACCAAGCCCCGCCCACGCAUACCUGCAGUGGCGUAACUCGACACCGGCGGUCCCUCGAACCCAAGCGCUGUUCAGACCCAAUCAUCUGCGGCCGUGGCUCUGACACGCUUCAGUCAAGUAUCUCACCGACUUUAUUAAUCAUAGAAGACUUUUAAAGCCAGAUAUAUCUGAAGAGCCCAACUAACUCAUCACUAAUGAGAGAACAUCUUGAGUUUACAUGCAAAUAAAACUCCCAGAGA